UUUGGUGAUAUUGUAUCAAGUGCGAGCAGAGACGCCAUGGGAUCAGAACUUAUCUUCCCUGCCUUCGAUGACCUUCCCAGCGUUGAAGACGAGCCUCAAGGCUGUCUAUGGGGGUUCUUCGACAAAGACGGAAAGAAAGAUGAGAUUGGAACUAUCAAUCUGCUAUCUCCCACAAAUGUUCUCACCGCGUCACGCGAGAUCGCCACCGGAGAAUCAAUCCAACUCGAUUGGCCGCUCCAUAAUGUCCAAUUCCCGGGUUUCAGCAGAAAGCCAUUCGAACAUACUAAAGUAGAUCUGCAACCUCUGAUAAAUUUCAAAGGGAUGGACGAUGAGCUGUACAUCAACACGCAAUCUGGGUCCCAAUGGGACGGCUUAAAGCAUUUCGCACACCAAGCAACAGGAAAGUAUUACAAUGGGCUAUCGCACGACGAGAAUACUAAAUCGAAUACAAAUGGGACUCACAACUUGUGCAAAAGAGGCGGGAUAGUGGGAAGGGGCGUGCUUGCGGAUUGGUUGAGUUGGUACGAGACUCACAAGGGAGAAGCGCCUAGCCCUGUGUCGAGGCAUGAGAUCACAGUCGAUGACUUGGAGCAAACGUUGAAAUGGCAAAAGACUACCACUCGCCCGGGCGACAUCCUGAUCAUCAGGAGUGGCUAUGUCCGAUGGCACAACAACGCGUCCACUGAAGCCCGAAAGUCAGGCACCAAAGACAACAGCGUUGCGAUUGGGAUGCAAGGCAGCGAGAAAUCCGUGCGAUGGCUCUAUGAUCAUCAUUUUGCAGCCGUCGCCGGCGAUACCGUUGCUUUCGAAGCCUGGCCCCCAAAAUUGGACGAAGGCUGGUGUUUGCAUGAGUGGCUACUUGUCCAAUGGGGCACACCCAUCGGAGAGAUGUGGGACCUUGAAAGUCUGAGCCAGAAGUGUAAAGACGAGCGAAGGUAUACGUUUUUCUUGACAAGCGCCCCUUUGCAUGUUGAGGGAGGCAUUGGGAGCCCACCGGGUGCUAUCGCGAUUUUCUGA